GUUUUGGCACGGGGCCGCUGGGAGAUGUAGUCAUUGUUGCACAGAGCAUGCUGGGAUAUGUAGUUGUAUUCUGUCAAACGGCACACAUUAUGCAGUAUUCACCUUAUUCUCCGCGUACGAGCGGGCGCAGCCAUUUGAAUCUUUUUGGCUCGAGACUUCCGGUCUCAUUCACCUCCAUUCAUUUCUAGAUGUUUAUAACAGCCGGUUCUGCUGCUUGUUGUAGUAAACUGAUAUUUUCCUACAUUAUUAUUGUAUUUUGUCUGUAUAGUCGUGGACGCACUUGUUUGUAGAGCAAGUAGAUUGACCGUUUUCUGUCGUUUAUUAUCCUGUGUCAUUUCUCCCAUAGGCAGCAGAAUCAGAAGUUCUGAAAUAAUCACAAAAACAGCGCAGCUCAGCACUGAAGAAUGAGCUCAAUAUGGCAGGCGUAUAGCAAAAACCGCCCGAUUGUGGACCUCUGGCCAAAUGAAUGUGGAGUUCAUUACUGUGGUGGGAUUACUGGAGCUCAGCACCUUCAAAGGGAAGAUCAGCCCAAAACAACAUUCACUCUACAUUCACUCGUCCUCUGGGGCGUUUAUGAGCUCCUUACUUCUGUCGAACACAAGAUAUUCUGAAGAAAAUAAAGUGUUUAGAUGUCAGUAUCAGUGUGUUAGUCUUCAGGAUAUCUAUAAUCAAGAGGCUCCAGAACAUCCACAGUGGGAGAUAUAACCCUGAUAUGAAGUCUGCAGGUUGUCUCUUCCCCUAAAUGCAUCAAAGAUACUUCAGUCGUCUCCUCAUACUUCAGCUUCUCAUCAAAUCUUCUGACCAAUCAAAUGCUCUCUAGUGUCUGACAUGUCCCGCCCCCUGCUUCUCAUUUGAGGUGAUUGCGCACGACCACUCUCACCUGCAGAGCUGUAAUUAGCAUAAAUAAUUAUGCCCCGCCCUCUCUCCAUGUUUCAGUUGAGAUUACGUCAAACGUCCAAUAAGAAAUGAGCUUCAGAUAUUUUAAAAUCAGUGUCAGUAUAUUGCGCACGCUCAUGAAAUCACUGAGGAGAUGUAGACCCCGAACACACACACACACACACACACACGCACACACACACACACACACACAGACACACACUCACACAGCACUCUCCUGAACACACAGCACUGACACCCAAGAGAACUUGAAUUGUGUGUGUGCGUGUGUGUGUGUGUGUGUGUGUGUGUGUGUGUGUGUGUGAGAGAGAGAGAGAGAGAGAGAGAGAGAAGGUGUAUGUGUGUCAGUGACCCUCACAUGACGAGUGGAUUAUGAGUUUAGGAUAAUAGAAUAAUUACACACACACACACACAGGCAGAGGUGAAGAGUGUGUGUCUGCAGACGGACGGAGAGAAACACGAUGCCGGAGUUUGAUGUGAUUGUUCUGGGAACCGGACUAAAGGAGUGUGUUCUGUCGGGUCUGAUGUCGGCCAAUGGGAAGAAGGUUCUUCAUCUGGACUCAAACCCGUACUAUGGAGGGGAGAGCGCAUCCAUAUCACCACUGGAGGAGCUCUACAGCAGGUUUCAUGUUCCUGCUCCUGAUAAGCUGAUGGGCCGUGGAAAGGAUUGGAACGUGGACCUCAUUCCCAAAUUCCUCCUCGCCAACGGUCAGCUAGUGAAGAUGCUGCUGUACAGUGAGGUCACUCGUUAUCUGGACUUUAAAGUGGUCGAGGGAAACUUCGUCUACAAGGGCGGGAAAAUCCACAAAGUGCCGAUCACUGAGGCGGAGACACAGGCCUCAGAUCUGAUGGGGAUGUUCGACAAGCGACGGUUCCGCAAGUUUCUGAGUUUCGUGCUGAACUUCGAUGAGAGCGACCCGCGGACACAUCAUGACAUGGACCCGCGCCGCACCAGCAUGCGGGAGGUGUUCCGACACUUUGACCUAGGGGACGAUGUAGUGGAGUUCACUGGACACGCCCUAGCGCUGCACGCUACUGACGAGUAUCUGGACCAGCCGUGUCUUUUGACCAUCAACCGGAUCAAGCUGUACUCAGAGUCUCUGGCCCGCUACAACCUCAGCCCGUACCUGUACCCGCUGUUUGGCCUCGGAGAGUUGCCGCAGGGGUUCGUCAGGCUCAGCGCUGUCUACGGGAACAGCUUCCUGCUGAACAGACGGGUGGAGGAGGUGGUGCUGGAGGGCGGGCGGGUGUCAGCGGUGCGGUCGGAGGGAGAGGUCUUCCGCUGUAAGCAGCUCAUCGCUGAGCCCAGUUAUCUGCCGGAGCGGGUGAAGAAGGUGGGCCGGGUGGUGCGGGUGCUGUGCCUGCUCAACCACCCCAUCAAAAACACCCACGAGGCCAACUCCUGCCAGAUCAUCAUCCCGCAGGCGCAGCUCAACCGCAAGUCAGAUGUGUACGUGUGUCUGGUGUCCUACACUCAUAAUGUGGCGUCUGAAGGGAAGUACAUCGCCUGUGUCAGCACUAUGGUGGAGACCAGUAACCCGGAGAAGGAGGUGCAGGCGGGGCUGGCGCUGCUGGAGCCCAUCCUGGAGAAGUUCGUGUCGGUCAGUAACCUUAUGGUCCCGACGGACGACGGCCGCAGGAGUCAGAUCUUCAUCUCGCGCUCGUACGAUCCCUCCACGCACUUCCAGACGGACACCGAGGACAUCAUGGACCUGUACCGCCGCAUCACAGGGUCAGAGUUCAGCUGCCGGGACCCGCGGGACGCAGACGCGGACUCCGAUGAGUGACGCUAAUGCCAAACAACCUGCACAACCCAGAUCAGAUCAAAUCAGUCAGCACAGGGAUGAGGGGUGAUCAUUUGUGGGUCAGGGGUCAGUGUUUCUGUGCACUGCUGACCCCGAGUUCUGCAUCAGUCCACACCGGCGGACGCUCCCGACUCAUUAAUCUCACUCGUCCCUCACUAGAACACCAUCUUCGUCUUCAUCCUCAGGAUCACUCAUGUCUACAGUACCCAAGUGUUCACACCGCCGCCAGCGAGAGCCCAAAAUUAGCCGAACGUCUUGAAAAGACCGUUUCUGUAAUGUAGUGCACAAAUUACCGUUAGCGAAGACUGAGACGUCUAACGUCUCCUGUGAACCGCGUGUUGAACUCAGGUUCUGUCCACACGAUCACGGCUGUUUCAACACCACACUCUUUUCUACACGGUUUCGCUGUUCGUCCACAGUAAACGCAGUAUCUGGUGACUGAAAUCCAAACGUUCUGACAACUCCGGCCAGGGUGAAGAGUUUCUGUAACUCCGGGUACAGCAGAAGAGGGUAGUAAUAAAUUACAUUUACUUUGUUUAGGGGUCUUUCACCUUUAUUAUGACAGGACAGUAGAGAACUCAGACAGGAAAGCAUUGGGAGCAGUGAGGGGGAAGGAUCGACAAAGGACCUCGAGCCGGGAAUCAAACUCGGGUCGUCGUGAGCAUGUUGGUGCUAUAUGUCAGCGCGCAGUACCACUAGGCUACUGGCACAGUAGACUUCAUUUAAAGAUGUGUACUCUUACUCCAGUAACUUCGCUACAUCUGGCGGCGUUCCUCCGUUACUGUCAAACGGUGAUAAAUAGGAUUCAUAUGACUUGUUUGGGGCGUCACAGUGGCGCAGUGGGUAGCAUGAUUGCAUGUUCUUCCUGUGUUGACGUGAGUUUCCUCCAGGAAACCGCUUUGUAGGUAUCCGCUGUGUAAAACAUAUGCUGGAAUAGUUACCGAUUCAUUCCGCUGUGGCGACCUCUGAUUAUUAAAGGGAAUGACAGAAAUGAAUGUCUAUUUGACCACCCCUACAACGGUCCAUUGUGAAUGCAUAAUCCGCCGGCAGAUUUAGAGCGCGGUAAGAGUUCACAACACUGAUUUCUCAUUAAACAGGUGUGUGUUUCUACACAAAGCCUAAAAGAAACGUCAAAUGAAUGCGUCGUUUGAACAGUUUGACCUGAAGUAAGCUGAAAAUAGCUCAUCAGGAAUACACUGAAUAGCCUAUCCCACACAACACACGACAACGUAAAUAUACUCUAUUAAUAAAUUAGAUGUAGUUUAAGUUAAUACAUCGAGUUUAUUCACUGAAGCAUUUAUUACACAAACUAACAUCAUCGAACAUUGAGCCCCCACCCCCCGCCGCCCCUCGAUCAACAAUGUAUAAUUCACACACUGCAUAUCACCCCGUUGGCAUGCAUCACAGCGCAUCUCAUGUGGACAGAGGUGUUGUUAACAUGGAAAGGGAGAACUCAAAUACCAGUGUGUGUGUGUGUGUGUGUGUGGACACGGUCUCAGACUCGCUCUUUAACAUGAACACAAACGGCGCUCUACACACGCGCUUCAGUCGGUUAUUUCUCCAGAAUAAAUCAAACCUGUUGGACGGUCAGAGCGAAGGCUGCUCUCGCCGGUGGCGGUGUGAACACACACACACACACACCUUUACCUGUUCAAUAAUUGAUACAGUUUGUUUGCUACACAACUCACACUGUGAUUGUUGGUCAGCUGUAUUAAAGCUAUAGCUAUAAUGAUCAGAGCUGUGACCCAGAACACUCCACAUGUAGAGCACACACACACACACACACACACACACAGAGUUUAGUGUUUAGAUGAAUAGUCCAUGACUGCACUGAUCGUCCUGUGGGGAUGUGGGAAUGAUUAUAACUCAUGCUAAUAUUAAUAAAAGCUCAGUGAGACGCC